CUGCUGAAGCCCCGCCCCUUAAAUGUGAAGUGGUCACGUGGAAUACAAAUGGACCAAUAGGAACGCGCGGUCGGGUGGAAGUCGCGGAUUUUGAAACGGUUUUUUCAACAAAACAUUCGCUCGAUCGUCAAAUUUGCCUGCUUUCUCCGUCUCUUGUGCAGAGAUGGAUGAAGAGGAGAGCACAGAGAGACAGAUGCAGAUCGCCAUGCUGUGUCAGCGGCUGGCCAAGAUCAAGAAGUUAUACACUGAUGAUGACACGGAUCACAUCAACCAGGCCAUCAGCUCUCACUCUCCGGACACCUGCCGGACGCUUCUGACCAAUCUGGAGAGGAAGGGCAAUCCUCAGACAGACCCCGGCCUGCUCGCUAAACUCAUCGACGGAUACACGCGUGUCUUCUCCAGCAUGCCGCCGGGCAAGUACAGCCAGAUUGAGAGCUACGCCCAGAUGCUGGUCAGAUUCGCAGAGUUGAAGGCCAUCCAAGAUGUAAAUGAUGCACAAGCUAGUUUUGACAUAGCGAGAUCCUACUGUAAGGAUUUUGCCUUCGUUCACGUUGCUUACGCUCAGUUUGAGCUUUUACAAGGGAACAUUAAGAAGUGCACUUUGAUUCUUCAGAAGGCUUUUGAGAUGAAUGCUAAACCCAGACGUGUUCUGGAGGCUGCGCUGAGGAACCUCAACACGGGCAAACACCAGCUCCUCUCACAUGAAGAUAAGGAGAACUUAACAGUGUCUGCACACGACGAUGCGCAUGAGUCUGUGAGCAGCAGCUCCAGAAGAUCUGAAGGAGCAUGUGACCUGCAGACCAGCGGCUCUUCUCUCCUUGGGAGCGAUCAGAAGUUGAGUCCAGCAGAGAACAUGAACAUGCCUGUGUGGAGAGCAGGGUCACAACACAGAAGAACAGCCAUGGCAGAAAGAGUUCCCAUGGUGCCUCUCUCUAUCCCUGAAAACGAGAGCAGUGACUGUGACGGUGCUCAGAAACCAGAAGCUCCUGCUGCACACGCCGCUGCUUUCUCCAGGCAAACAAGUGGUUCAAAUGUGCGCUCCGCGUUCCCCAUGUGUUCCUCAAAGAAAGGCACUCCAGAUGGAGACUCCUACAGUCUGCUAAACCUGAAGCCUCCUGUGAUCAGUCCAGAUCAUCUGAGGAGAAACACUGAAGAAGGCGACACCAUCACAGCACUCCUGCAGAGAGCCGAGAGAAGAGAAACCGCUCGGACCGAAGAAACCACUGACAUCCAUCAGCUCAUCAGCACCAACUCUCCUGAAAGCUGUCAGAUCUUCCUGAAAAACCUGGAGAAGAGAGGAGACCCUGCUUCAGACGCCGCGUUUCUCUCCAAACUCCUGGACUGUUAUUCUAAAGUGUUCGCCAGGUUUCCUUUGGCCAAUCACUGCAAAACAGAAAGCUAUGCUCGAAUGCUGGUGCGAUAUGCAGAGCUGAAGGGGAUCGAAGAUCCAGAAGACGCUCCAGAUCAUUUCAGUAUUGCCAGAUCGCACUGUAAAGCUUUUGCGUUUGUGCAUAUCGCACACGCUCAGUUUGAGCUCUCACAAGGUAACUCUAGGAAGAGUAAUCUGAUUCUUCAGAAAGCGCUGAGCUCAAACGCUCGGCCGGUUGAACUGCUGCGGACCGCCAUCAGAAACCUCAACUCUGGUAAAGCUGGUCUGCUUCCCUCGGAGCAUGAAGAGAGCGCUGCAGAAAGUGUGGAAGCAGUGCGUAACAGAAAGGAAGAAGAAACUCCAGUGAAGGCUCCUGAGGAGCAACGAAAGCCUUCUUCAGACUGGAAGAUCCCUGCUCUCAUCGACAGACAUGAGUCUCCUGAGGAUCACAAAGCUCCCACAAUGCCUGGUUCCUCUUCAUCUUCACUUCAUGCUUUGAGGACACCUGCUCCUCCCAGAUCACACCCUUCUUUCAGCUGUCAGACGCCCAACUACAGAGACCCCAAUGCGAACAGUUUUGUGACUCCUGUGGUGAAGCAGCGGCCCGUGGUUGUGUCUGUUCCCUCCACGGCUCAGAAGAUGGGUCACGCUCCGUUACCCUGCACCCCUCAGAGCCGGGUGUCCAGCGUCCCGCAGCCGUCACAGACCCCCACCUCUGCUUUCUCAAAUGAGUCCAUCACAAUCAAGGGCAAACAGUUCUUCAUCUUCAAGAUGAUCGGCCGCGGCGGCUCCAGUAAGGUGUAUCAGGUGUUUGAUCAGAAGAAGCACGUGUAUGCUGUAAAGUAUGUGAAUCUGGAGGAGGCCGACGCUCAGGCCGUGGAGAGCUACAAGAAUGAGAUCCAGCACUUGAAUCAUCUUCAGCAGUACAGCGAUCAGAUCAUUAAACUCUACGACUAUGAGAUCACCAGCAGCUACAUCUACAUGCUGAUGGAGUGCGGUCACCUGGAUCUCAACACCUGGCUGCGCAGCCGCAAGUCCGUCAACCCUCUGGACAGGAAGUGCUACUGGAGGAACAUGCUGGAGGCGGUGCACACCAUCCACAAACACGGCAUCAUCCACAGUGAUUUAAAGCCAGCUAACUUUGUGAUUGUGGACGCGUCGCUGAAGCUGAUCGACUUUGGGAUCGCUAACCGCAUCCAGCCUGACGUGACCAGCAUCAUGAAGGACUCGCAGGUGGGGACUCUGAACUACAUGCCACCAGAGGCCAUCAAAGACACGUCCUCCAAUGGGAAGCCAGGGUCAAAGAUCAGUGCUAAAGGAGACGUGUGGUCUCUGGGGUGUAUCCUGUACUGCAUGACUUACGGAAAGACUCCGUUCCAGAACAUCACCAAUCAGAUCAGCAAAAUCCAUGCCAUCAUAGACCCGUCCCACGAGAUCGACUUCCCCGAUAUCCCUGAGAAGGACCUGCUGGAUGUGCUGAAGAGGUGUUUGGUUCGCAAUCCUAGAGAGAGGAUUUCUAUCUCCGAGCUGCUCGAUCACCCGUACCUGCAGCUGCAAGCUCAACCUGCUCCUGAGUCAGCAGAAGCGAGUGCUGGUGAUCUGAAGAGGAUCCUCAAUGAACUGGCAGCUCUUCGGUCUCCCAACAGCAUCGCCAGAGCUGCUAGUAACCUGGCCAAGAUGUGCAACAGCGGGAGGAAGUUAGAUGUGUCCGAGUGUGUGAAAACCUCCAGUCAGACGCUGUUUAAGUGAGGAGGAGGAUGAAGAUGGUGAAGGCUGCAGGACUCAGAACCACUGUCCCAAACGCUCAGGAGCCACAGAGACCGAUAUCUCACAUCUUCCGCUAGCUUCCAUUGAGCUUAACACUUCCUUCUAGAUACUUACAACAAAUGCGUGUUUGCUGUCCCAUUUCUUCCUGUUCCUGAUUUUAUUUGACCACUAGAUGCCAUCCAAGACCGUGUACAUGACAAAUAUACAUACUUUUGUCAGGUAGAUUGUAAAUGUGUUGUUCUUUUCUAACAUAUAAUAAUGCUGUUUCUUGGAGGUAACUCUAAUUUUGCAAUAUGAUAAAUGUUUGACAGCGGUCUCAUUAUUCAAUGCAUUUGUUGUCUUGAUUCAGUUUCAUCAGAAUGCAUGAUUACUUUUCUGUGAUCAUCAAUAAAUUAAAAUACUUUUA